UUUCUCUUUGCUACAAAUAACAUCUAGCCAAUAAAUUUGUCUCUAUUGUAUUAAAGUCAUGACAAUUCAACGCUAUUUCGUUUUAAACUGUUUCAUGCUCUUUUUGUUUAAUAUUCUAUAAUUAAGUAACUACAAUAACAAGUUCAUAAUUUUGGGAGAUGACUUAAGAAAUAAACAUAUUUAUCUCACAUUCUUUUUUGUACUAGAUAUGUUUGUAUAUAAUACACAAGCUAUGUUAUCUUGUUUGUUUUUUUUUCUAAAUUUACGUAAUUGCUAUAUAUACAUACAUUUUCCGCAGUAUUUUCAAAUCUACAGGAAGAAUAUAACAGACGAAAGUAUAUUUAAUUAUUAGAGUAUUUCAAGAAUUUUAGUUUUUUUGAAUUAGUUUUUUGUGGAAACUGCAAAUAAAAAUGCUAACCGUUGAGAUAAAAGUUAAAAUUCGGGAUUACGACGAUAUGAUAGCGAAAAUUUAUAAGAUUGUACAUCGUACAUAUUUUAUCAAAUCAAUAGAUAAGUUCUAUGCAGCAAAUAACGGGAAGCUGAUGUUACGGGAAUUCGAAGAAUUUAAAUAUGGAGCAUUAGUUUCUUAUAAACGAUCUGAUGAAAAAGGUCUACAAGUGUGUAUUUCCUAUGGCUCAUUACUGUGUCAUAAACUUGUAUUGCUUGGAGAUAUAUUGGAUACAUCAAAUGGUUUCAUAGGCAUUGUUAAAAAAAAAAGACAAGCAUAUUAUACUGAUGACGCUCAAAUAAAUGUUGAUAAUGUUGACACAUUAGGUGAUUUUGUAGAGAUAAAGGUAGUGGACAAAGAUAUAAAAAGCGCAAAAAAGAUUGUUAAUGACUUGAUGCAAAAUCUAUCUAUAACAAGUAAUGAUCUAAUAAGUAAAUCAUAUAUAGAUUUAAUACUUGAAGAAAAAAACAAAGCUUAUGAUCAACUUAAAAUGUUUAAAAAGCUUAGAACACUUGAAACUCUUGAAAUGCCUGGAACAUCUAAAAUGACUAAAACAUUUAACAUGCUUGAUACAUGUGAAAUGAUUGACAAAACAGACACGUCCAAAAUGUCACCUAAAAUGUAUGAAAUGCUAAAUCUGAUGAACAAGGAGAAAGAAAUACAAGUUUCUAGUCAACUUCAAAUGUCUAAAACACCUAAAAUAUCUGAAACCUUUAAAAUGCCUGGAACAUCUGACAUGCUUGAUACAUGUGAAAUGGUUGAUAUAUCAUACACGUCUGAAAUGUCUGAAAUGCAUGAAAUGCUAAAUCUGAUAAACAAGGAGAAAAAGAUACAAGUUUCUAGUCAACUUCAAAUGUCUAAAACACCUGAAAUAUGUGGAACUUUUAAAAUGCCUAGAACGCUUAAAAUGACUGGAACAUUUGCAACGUCUGGAAAGCCUGAAAAGCAGGAAACAUCGAAGUCACUAAGGCAUCCUCUACUAAACAGGGAGGUAAAGAUAAAAAUUCCUAGUCAAAUGCCUGAAAAGCCUAGAACAUUAAGAAGUUUUGAAAUGCCUGGAACAUCUAAAAUGACUGAAACAUCUGAUACACUCGAAACACUUACAUCUGCAAUGUCUGGAACGUCUGAAAAGCACCUUCCAAAGAACAUGGAGAAAAAGACACAAGUUUCUAGUCAACUUCAAAUGUCUAAAAUACCUGAAACAUCUGGAACUUUUAAAAUGCCUAGAACGCUUAAAAUGACUGGAACAUCUGCAACGUCUGGAGAGCCUGAAAAGCAGAAAAUAUUCAAGUUACUAAGGCAUCUUCUACUAAACAGGGAGGUAAAGAUAAAAAUUCCUAGUCAAAUGCCUGAAAAGCCUAGAACAUUAAGAAGUUUUGAAAUGCCUGGAACAUCUAAAAUGACUGAAACAUCUGAUACACUCGAAACACUUACAUCUGCAAUGUCUGGAACGUCUGAAAAGCACCUUCCAAAGAACAUGGAGAAAAAGACACAAGUUUCUAGUCAACUUCAAAUGUCUAAAACAUCUGGAACAUCAAUGUCUGAAACAUCUGGAACUUUUAAAAUGCCUAGAACGCUUAAAAUGACUGGAACAUCUGCAACGUCUGGAAAGUCUGAAAAGCAGGAAACAUUGAAGUUACUAAGAAACAGGGAGGUAAAGAUAAAAAUUCCUAGUCAAAUGCCUGAAAAGCCUAGAACAUUAAGAAGUUUUGAAAUGCCUGGAACAUCUAAAAUGACUGAAACAUCUGAUACACUCGAAACACUUACAUCUGCAAUGUCUGGAACGUCUGAAAAGCACCUUCCAAAGAACAUGGAGAAAAAGACACAAGUUUCUAGUCAACUUCAAAUGUCUAAAACAUCUGGAACAUCAAUGUCUGAAACAUCUGGAACUUUUAAAAUGCCUAGAACGCUUAAAAUGACUGGAACAUCUGCAACGUCUGGAAAGUCUGAAAAGCAGGAAACAUUGAAGUUACUAAGAAACAGGGAGGUAAAGAUAAAAAUUCCUAGUCAAAUGCCUGAAAAGCCUAGAACAUUAAGAAGUUUUGAAAUGCCUGGAACAUCUAAAAUGACUGAAACAUCUGAUACACUCGAAACACUUACAUCUGCAAUGUCUGGAACGUCUGAAAAGCACCUUCCAAAGUAGCUAUUGUUGGCUAAUUACUUAUACAUUUCUAAUAAAAAUAUAUACUUGUACAGCUAAUAAAACAUUUAACUAUUUCUAUUUUUAAUAAAGAUAUAGAUGCUCAUUAAAAAGUAAAAAAAGGAUAUAUAUAUAUAUACAUAUGUACUCUG